AUGGGAACUGUAGUGAUAGAUCUCGCCAUUGAUUUCAACAGAACUGUGCAGCAGCUUUCUUCAGUGAGUAUCUCGUGUCCACUCCUCUCGCUCAUGGCAGCGGCAGCGUCGGCGCCUCCGCCGCCUCUGCUGGACGCAGCGGCUACUGCGCAAGCGGUGCAGACGUUGCAGGAGGUGACGGGGGUGGCGGACGAGACGCACUGCCGCCAGGUUCUGGAGGCGCACGCGUGGGACGUCAACGCCGCCGCCAGCACACUCCUCGCGGUCGCCGCUGCGGAUCGAGAGCACUUUGGCGGCGUCUCCGCGGGCGAUCUGGGAGGCGGCAGCGGAGGCGGAGAUUCCGCCGCUGCUGCUGCCGGGAGAUUAGGCGUGGCUGCCGGCAGUUCCGCCGGCACCAGCUUGGCGCGUUCCGCGGGCGCAGGGGGAGGGGCUACAGCAGCAGCAGCAGGAGGAGGAGCAGGCGGAGCGGGAGGAGGAAGCGGAGGCCCCAUCGGCAACUCGAAUCUGCGCGCGCGGACGGGAGGGCUUGUGGCAGGCGGAGGAAGCGGAGGCGGAGGCGGAGGCGGCGGCGGCGGGGGUGGGGGGUCAAGCAGUCCCGGAGCAGCAGGAGCGACUGCGGACGGCGCCACGGGCGCACUCCCUCCCGCCGUCUCCGCGCUCCGUUCGGGCCGCGCGACAAUCCGCGCGUCCCACCGCAACUCAUCGUCGUCACUCCUCUCCCGCCUCCUAUCCCUCCCCUUCUGGGUGCUCCGCGGAGGGCUGGGGUUCAUGGCUAGUCUCUUCGGCCUAGGCUUGUGGGCGGCAGGCGGUGUCUUAUCCACGUUCUUCUCCUCUCUAAGCUCCGUGACGAUCUGGCUAGCGGGCGGGCCGCACCCGUACAGCGGGCAUCAGGGGACCAUCGGCGCGCUUCACCCUUCGCAGCAGGCUGGGGGAGCGGCGCAACAACAGGCGCAGCGGGGGACCGGAGGAGGAGCGGGAGGGGGGAACCAGCAGGCGCAAGACGCGGCGGUCUUCCGCCAACGGUUCGAGGCGGAGUUCGGUUCCGCGCACCCGGAGUUCUUUCCGGGGAGCUUCGCGGACGCGCUCCGGCGCGCGGGCGAGCAGUUCCGCUUCCUGCUGGUGUACCUGCACGCGCCGGAGCACGCGGCGACGCCUAGGUUCUGCCGCGACACGCUGUGCGACCCGGAGGUGGUGCGCGUGAUAGACGAGCAGCUGGUGCUGUGGGCGGCGGACGUGCGCAGCGUGGAGGGCUUCCAGAUGAGCCACCGCCUGCAAGCCGUGCGCUUCCCCUUCCUCGCCCUCAUCACCGCCGCGCCGGGCGGACGCGUGGCGCUGCUGCAGCAGAUUCAGGGCUACGUAUCCGCAGGCGAGCUGAGGGGGGCGCUGGAGCGCGCGGUGGAGGACCAUGGCGCGGUGCUGGUGGCGGCGAGGGCGGACGCGGAGGAGAGGGCGCUCACACGCCGCCUCCGGGAGGAGCAGGACGCCGCCUUCCACGCCGCGCUGCUCGCUGACCAGGAGCGUGAGAGGGAACGGGAGGAAGCUACGAGGAAGCAGCGGGAGGAGGAGGAGGCGGCAGCACGGCGAGCGGAGGAGGAGGCAGAGCAGCAGCGGCAAGCGGAGAGGGCAGCCGCGGAGAAAGCAGCUGUGGUGGAGAGGAGGCGGUCAGAAGCCAUGGGUAGACUGGGCGAGCAGCCAGAGAAAGGCCCGGACACCACUCAGGUGCUGAUCCGCAUGCCAGGGGGCGAGCGCAAGGAGCGGCGGUUCCUCUCCAGAGACAGCGUGCAAGCACUCUACGACUACGUGGACUCGGAGGCGCUGGGUUCACUGCUGCCGUCGCACCACUACCUGCUCGUCUCCAACUUCCCCCGCACUGUGUACGACGCUGCCUCGCGCUGCAAGACGCUGCACGAGGCGGGGCUGCACCCGCAUGCGAGCCUGUUCGUGCAGAUGGAGGAGGAGCCACGGGAGGAGGUUGAGAGGCCGGUUGAGGUUAAGGGGAAGGAUUUGUAG